GCCCCUGCUCCCGCCCCUCGCUGUGCUGUCCGGGGGUGCGCUUGCUCGCUUGGGGCGCCAGCUUCGGGCCAGCUCCCCCGCCCGCGCCUGGGAGGCGACCCCCGUGCUCCCAGGGUUCAAAGGCUCAGCGCAGCGGCUCCAGCCCCUCUGGGGGGCGGGGAGCGAAGGGGGUGGUGCGGGAACCAGAAAAGCCGGCGCCCACAGCCGUCUGGCCCUGCGCGGGGAUGGGCAGCGCGCUCGGAAAGUUGUGACCGCCGCGGCCAAAUUGAAGCUGGAGCCCAGGACGCAGCCGGACAGCGGCCGGACUGGGAAACCCUGUGCGGCCCCCGUGCCCUUUCGCGGCCACAGGCGGCCGGCUGUGCUGGGCCUGAGCAGCACCCACGCCCGAUCGGGGUUCAUGGAGCCGGGACUGUGGCUCCUUUUCGGGCUCACAGUGACCUCCGCUGCAGGACUUGGGCCCUGUCCUCAGGCUGGGGGCUCCGGCAGGACCAGCCUACCUCGGGGCACCCCUGCAGCCGCAUCCGAGGGGGACUGCAAAGAGACGGUGCCUGGCCCCAGCGAGGAGCCUGGGGCUUCAGCAACAGCACAGAGUCCCGGGAAGUCUGGGCAGGAGCAGGCAGCUGGGCUGGGCCCCCAGCAGCACCACCGUGCCCGGCGCUGCACGUGCUUUACCUACAAGGACAAGGAGUGCGUCUACUAUUGCCACCUGGACAUCAUCUGGGUCAACACUCCUGAGCAGACUGUGCCCUAUGGACUGUCCAACUACAGAGGAAGCCUCCGGGGUAAGAGGUCCCCAGGGCCAUUUCCAGGGAGCUCGAGGCCCUCGCUGCAGACCCAUUUGCGCUGUGCUUGUGUGGGGACCGAUGACAAGGCCUGCAUGCAGUUCUGCACACAGACGCUGGAGGUCAGCAGACAGGCUGACGCCCAGGAGAGACGAGAGCCGUAGGCCUUAGGCGGCCAUCACCAAUGCUUGCUCCCCGCUGCGACCUCACCCCGUCCUGUCUGCCUGCCUGCAGUCUUCAGCAAGCGGCCGAUGCUCACACGCGGUUCAAAUUUCCACUUCUUUAGGGACAAGGAGUGAAUUCACCUGGGGCGGAAAACCCACCCGGAGAGUCCCCGCUUAACAGGUCACCCCUACUCCCAGAAUGCCCAGAUCUAAGCGACCCCAGUUUCCCUAAUGGGUAAAAUGAUCCCAGAUGUGCCCUGGGGCCAGAUGCCCGGAGCUCCAGUUUCACGCAGGAAAUUGUUUUUGGAGAGGUACGGCAAGCCGGAAAGCCACUUACUGGCUUUUGACAGGACUUCUCUUGGAGCGUAAGUGGACACCAAGCGGGGUGAGCAAAAGUAAACACGUGUGCGUCUUGUGCUAGCCGCGCAGCGCGUGUGUGGCCGGAGCAGGCUGCCUGCCUCGUCUGCACCCGGGAGGUAGCGAGGAGCAAGCUGCCGGCUCAGACCUGGUCGUAGCUUUCCAGUUUGUGGCGGCUCGCAUUUAGAUAGAAGUUUCGCUUGUGCUUCACACCUGUCACAAUAGUGUGUGUCAAAGGAAGGACAGGGCUGCCGAUGACCAGAAGAGGAGAGAGUAUCUGCUGGCUUUGGACGCUGGGGCAUGUCACACGGAGUUUGCUCUUGUUCCCGGGACUGGCUCUGUGUGUCUCUUACAGACACCAGGCUUGUGCACAGUAAAGUUCCCAGGCCUUGUUUGCAGGAAGCCAGCUAUAAAGACAGCUCCCAGCUCAAGGCCGUUAGGUUGAAUAUUUUUUCCAUUGUGAAGAAAUGUGGAUCUUUAGGGAAUGGCUGCAAAAUAAACCGUGAACACAAACUCUUUAUAAAUUAUGUAAAUUCCUAUUUAUCUCUGUAAUUGGCAACAUCUGGAAAUUGUAAUACCCGAUGACUUAGAAUCCCCUUCAGCUGGGUCCUCCUGGCCACGCUGCGCUCACAGUGAGUGUGGGACCUGGCCUCUGUGCCCUCUACGGGGCGCUUUGAGGAGAGGCUGCCCACCUCCCCACCUGUCACAGAGCCGGGAGAACCUGCUUCCGGGCACACACCAGGGGCACUGCAAGGAGCGACUUUAGGUGGUACACGAUGUAACAUUGGCCCUGACCAGAUGUUAAGCCCUGGAGGAGCACUUCGUAAGUUAUUGUAGGUAUAAAAGUGCGUAUCUAUCAUGAGGCAGUGAAAACAAACUGAUUUGCUAGCAGGAUUUUGUAUAGUUUAGAGAAGCGAUUAUUUAUUGGGGAACUAUUCUCUACUGCAACUCCUUUAUGAGAUCUGUUAACAGUAAAAUCACUGUAUAGACAAAGAGAUGUUUAAAUUGCAUUCUGAAUCCAAACUCACAUCCUUUAGAGCUUGAAUUACAUUUUAAAAAUGCAGAUGCAUGGUUUGGCACAGGGGCGAGAUGGUAUCUUGGAAAGACAUUCAUUUGUUGUGCGAACACUCAGAAAAUACUGUCGGAUGCAUAAUAAAAAAAUCCAAGAGUUGGCUCUGA